AGCGGGCGCUCCCGGAGCCUCCGGGGCAGCCGCGGGGCGUGGCCCGCCCCUUUUCAUGUGCGCCGGCGCCGCGGUGAUUGGACGGCCGCUUGUGACGUGCGGGGACUGCGGUGGCCCGGGCGCUGCGGCAGCCGCAGAGCCAGCGCGGCUCGGGCUCCGGCUCCCGGGCAUUUAAAGGGGACGCGCGGCGGCCCGGGCUGGGGGGAUGGAAGGCAGGUGGAGGGGACGGCCCAGACGCACAUCACCCACGGCCCCUCCGGACCGGAGGCACUCGUGAGCCGCAGCCCAGAAACCCGAGGGUGGACGAGACACCGCGUCCCCUCCAGCUCCCGCAAGCACCCCCAGCUCCAUCCUGCGCCCCAAUACCGCCACGAGCCCCUCUCUCCACUCUCUGCGCUUCAAACUCAGCCGGGACAGACUUCCGCCGCCGCCGCUGCUCCGCACGAGAGUGGAAGAGAGAUGGAAAGACAGAGAGAAAUAUCGAUGUGAGAGGAACACGUCGACUGGUUGCCUCCUGCACAAGCCCCGACCAGGGUGCCAGGGAGGAGCCUGCAACUAAGCCUGCCGGCGAAGCUCAGAGAUCCUUGCCCCUUUUAUUUGAGGAACUCUUUUGGACGACACACAAUGAUUUGAUCAUUCAGGACAAAACUGCUCUAGAGGAGCUCUGGACGACGGCUAGAGCCCAGCAGUCCCUACAGGUGGUGCUGGGGUGGUGCACCAACAAUGAGCGGGUGUUUUCCGGUUGCUGGCCUCCGAUGCCUGUCUAGGGUCUUGGAUGUGCCAGCGCCUCUGGCCGCGGCCCGCUAACCAGCCUCUCCCGGGUCGGCGCCCGCCGCGCCCGCUCUCGCUUGCUCCCUCCUCCUGCUGCUCUUCCUCCCCCUGCUCCCAGGACGGCGGGAUGGCGGUGCAGGGCGCGCCGCGCUUCCUCCUGACCUUCGACUUUGACGAGACCAUCGUGGACGAAAACAGCGACGACUCGAUCGUGCGCGCCGCGCCGGGCCAGCGGCUGCCGGAGAGCCUGCGCGCCACCUACCGCGAGGGCUUCUACAACGAGUACAUGCAGCGGGUCUUCAAGUACCUGGGCGAGCAGGGCGUGCGGCCGCGGGACCUGCGCGCCGUCUACGAGGCCAUCCCCCUGUCCCCGGGCAUGGGCGACCUGCUGCAGUUCGUGGCCAAGCAGGGAGCCUGCUUCGAGGUGAUCCUCAUCUCCGAUGCCAACACCUUCGGCGUGGAGAGCGCGCUGCGCGCCGCCGGCCACCUGGGCCUGUUCCGCCGCAUCCUCAGCAACCCGUCGGGGCCCGACGCGCGGGGGCUGCUGGCGCUGCGGCCCUUCCACGCGCACAGCUGCGCGCGGUGCCCCAGCAACAUGUGCAAGCACAAGGUGCUCAGCGACUACCUGCGCGAGCGGGCCCAGGACGGCGUGCACUUCGAGCGCCUCUUCUACGUGGGCGACGGCGCCAAUGACUUCUGCCCCAUGGGGCUGCUGGCCGGCGGCGACGUGGCCUUCCCGCGCCGCGGCUACCCCAUGCACCGCCUGAUCCAGGAGGCGCAGAAGGCCGAGCCCAGCUCGUUCCGCGCCACCGUGGUGCCCUGGGAGACCGCCCACGACGUGCGCCUCCAUCUGCAGCAGGUGCUGAAGGCGUGCUGAGACGGCGGCCAGCAGGGGGCGCCCCGACCAGGAGUGAGGAAGGGAGAUCGGGAAAGACAGUCUAGUUUUUUAACUUCCUUUCCCUUUCGCUUUGGUAUGUCCCCCUUUGGUGUGGAAUUUCUAGAAUUCCAGGCCCGUCCAUGCGGGGGCUGAAGGAGGGAGUUCAGAGCCAAUCCGAACUAUCCAUGCAGUUAAACCAGCGCGGCCGCCCCCCUCAGAGCCACAGCAAACAGUUACAUUCUGGACGGUGGCCCAACCCGGGUGACGCGCAUUCCUGGGAAGGCAGCAGCGUUUCCUAAAAGCUCGUCCUCUGAACUGGGAGGAAGAGGUGCCCUUGUGCGCGAGAGAACUUUAACUGCUGCCUGGCCCGUAACUUCCCUUCUUCCAGGCUUAGGUCAGGGAGGAAUCCUCCCGCAUCGACGCCCCGCGGAGAGAGGAAGCUUUCUGCGCACAGCCCCAGGCCUAGAUUUCGCUUCACCUACCGCGAUGCCACACUACAUCCCUUUUCUGGCCUCCCUUCCCCGCCCAUCCGGCCAGCAACCCCAAAGGAAGAAAAGCCAGACGGAACAGUCGCCUCCUGGUGGUGGAACGAGGUAGCACACUGUCUGGCUUGGGUCGGACCAGCCAGGAACCUCGCAGCGGUGCCUCGGUGUCUUCUCGUACCCCAGCCUCGUCUAUGCAACAAGACCAGGGACAACCAAAGUCACCCCCGUGGGCUGGGCCCUCUGCGGCCCCCUCCUCUCCUAUGGAACAGAAAGCCAUGAUGUUUUAAAGCAGAGCCAGCGAACCCCAAGCCCCUCCCCCUUGGUGUUUUAGAACUAUUAAAGCAGGUGAAGGGGGAAGAGU